AAUCCUUAAGUCACUUUUGUUGAUAAUCUCGGAUAGGUUAAUUAGGUUUUCCUUGUUUUUUUCAUUAAUGUAAUGACAAGAAAUGCAGUGCAAUUCAGGAAUAUCUGUGAUCGACAUCGACAAACGCCGUACCGAACUUUUAGAACUAAGUUCCUACAUACAAACAGUAGAUAAUGAUGUAACUAUGAUACUGCAAAGUUUGCAAUGGGAUUGUAAUCACUUGAUCGAGGCUUCGCCAUUGAUUUCCUGUAAACAUGAUGGAAAUCACAGAGUACCACCAGAUAAAAUCGAAGUCCAUGAGAAGGAAUGUUAUUUAAGAAUUCUUGGUUACUCCAAGGAAGACCUGUUGUUGCCUGAACCACUUGAUGCCAAUGCCAAAACUUUGGUUACACUAAGUAAAAAUGAUAUUCAAAAUAUUAUUGAAUAUGCAGCGAAAGUUGAUCCAACAUUCAAUAAAGGCAAAGGCAGCAAGCAUGCCAGUGAGCCGCUGUCCCUAGAGCGCCUGCAGCACACCUACAGCGCAGAUGAGCGCCGCGCCUUCCACGACGCCGUGGUCAACGCAGCACCCUCCUGCCAUGACCUUAGUGAACUGGCAUUACCUAGUGGAGACGGUGAAACUCAGAACACCAAGCCUAAGUCUCGUGCCGAGAUCAUAGCAGAGCUGCGUGAUAUGAAGCGGCGGCGCGCCAAGUACCGCGGAGCGAUCAAAACGCGCAACUAUUCUGACGAACUGCGCUGCGUUAUCGCCUCGCAGAUGGAACACUACUCUGAAGCACUCGGUGCUAGCACUAAAAACAAUGAUAUCAACAAAUACAACAUGGAAAGACCAAAAGAUUUUAAGGAAAUGCAAGUUAAGAAGGAACCUUUAGAGUCAGACAGACCAUAUGCUUCGGAAAAGGAAACAAAACGCAUAUCUUCAGAAAAAUACGAUCGCCAUCGAAACAAAUUCAGAGACGAAACUAGAGAGAAAUCCAAAGACAAUCAUCGUAGAGAGAAAUCUAGAGACGAAACUCGCUAUAAAGAGAAUUACAGAGACGAACGUCAUUCGGACAGAAGAGACAAAUAUACAGAAAGGGAAAAAUAUGAUGAUUACAAGAGAGACAAAGAUGACAGGAGACACAAAGAUGAUAGGAGACACAAAGAUGACAGAGAUAGGUAUUCAAGCUCUUCUAAAGACAGAAGCAGAGACAGAAUUGAAUAUAGAAAUAGCGAUAAAUAUAGCAAUUCAAGAAUAAAUUACAAAGAUUACAAGCCAUCGAGGAAUAGUGAACGAAGAUACAAUGAUUCACAUGAAAAGUGUAAAGAAGAGAAACAUAAGAGGUAUUACGAUUAUAAGCAAGAGUAUGAUUUGGCCAAAAAACGUAUAAAGCAAGAGACAGACUGAAUAAAUUGUAUUGUUUAUGAUA